GACAUUCUGUAGGAGUUAUUGCAGCACAAUCUAUUGGAGAACCAAGUACUCAAAUGACCUUGAAUACUUUUCAUUUAGCAGGGGUUGGAGGGAAAAAUGUCACAUUAGGAAUUCCUAGGUUAAGGGAAAUAGUUUUGGUGGCAAGCAAGUCGAUUAAAACCCCGAUCAUUACGGUUCCAAUUAUCUGGGAAACUCUAAGUGAAAAAGAAUGCUUUGCAAGUAUAGAUUUGGGUCAUUCAAAGAAUGUAAACAAUGUCUGGGAAACUUCAUGCACUCUUACUACUCUAGAAAAUGCUUUUAGGAAAAUAACUCUUUUGGAAUGCUUGGAAAAGAUUUCUGUUGAAGAACAAACUGUUGUUCGAAAAGGGGAAUUCAAAAAGCACAUAUCCAUUACGUUUAAACUACGAGAGUUACACAACGAAUGUGCAAAACAAAACUGGGAAAAGAAA